AUGUCUUGGGACCGAGUGCUCCCCGCUCCGGCUGGUCUGCAACAUGAAAAUACUCAAGUCAGACCCAGCGACCUCCUUGACCACAAGAUCAUGAAUGACCGCGAUCUCCCCAUGUCCCAUGGAUCUUUGGUAUACCGUCCAGAUUCCUUCAAGUAUGCCGAUCUGCGAUCAACCGAUGUGGCUCAUGCCCACCAGCAGAUGACGGUGUUGAAUCAAGGCAAAAUCCCGAAUUCAAGAUCUGAUCAAAAUGACAUGAUGGCUCCCAUGGCAAAUACACAUAAUAUGAGCUCCAUGAGGAGACCCUCUGGCCCUAUGGUCUCCACUAAGGAACUUUCCCGAUCGUCUUCCUCUUCGGGUAGUGCAAGCCCUGUGAGAUCCGCCAAGGAAAGAGAUACAUUUUGUCUUUGCCAGCCGGAUCCAAAGAUUCCCCGGCCUCGUAAUGCGUUCAUUCUGUAUCGACAGCACUACCAGGCAACGGUUGUGGCACAUAAUCCGGGCAUGGCAAAUCCAAACAUCUCCAAAAUCAUCGGAGAGCAGUGGAGGCAUCUAUCUGAAGAUGAAAAGUCAAAGUGGAGGACUUUGGCAGAAGAAGAAAAAAUCCGUCAUAACCAGCAGUACCCCGGCUACCGCUAUCAGCCUCGACGAAGCGGUCGGGAUGGUGGUGCUCGGGGCUCUGGCUCGGGUAUCAGUAACAACCCAUCUGGUGGUACCCACUGUACUCGUUGUGGUGGUCGAUUUAUGCAUCCACCCUCUCCAAUGACCCCAUUCACACCUACAACCGUUACUCAAGAGUAUCGAGAGUACCGGCCAUCAGGUCUCUCGACACCCAUUACACACAAAUCAAUCAUGACAGCUAGCAGUUCUCACAGUCGAGAGCGAGACGAGCCUAAGUUGGUCAAAAUUGACUCACUAGGCUCCCGCUCCCGAUCUCGGCAGGCAGAGGAGGUCGGCGGAAGGUCGCCAGACAACAAACGUCGCCGUGUCUCUCACACACCCCUCAAACCUAUGAGCACUAUGGGUCCCCACCGAGACAGAAGUCCCGAUGGUCCAUACUCGGCAGCACCAUACAGCGCUCGCCCAGACAUGCAACCCCGAAACAUGCUUCCAAUGAUUCAACGUCAAUUCAACAAUAUGCAAGGCCAGUCACAUAUAGACCAAAGCCUAAAGCUACCGCCGCUACAGACCGGCACACCCGUCAUGACCCCCAUCACACCAAAUUUCUCCACCGAACCCAGCGUGGAAGCUACAGUCAUGACCAUCCCAUUCCUCAACAAGAUCAAGGUCCUUGCCAAAAUCUCUCCGCCCUUAGUACCUUCAUUCCGAGAAUCCACCCCCCAAAUUCGAGGCCCCGUCAUCGCCGUCGACGGUCACGACCCAGAACUGGUCCAAGUCGCCGUGCAAUAUCUUCAGCGUCUCCUAAGGAAGGAACCCAAAUACCACGUCCGUGUCUUCGACGGACCCGACAUCAAACCACAACGAGACUCCAUCUCCAGCUCGGAAGGCGGUCCAAUGGGCGACGCAACAGUCGACUACCUCGACACCAUCUCAGCCUGGCACCGCAUCUCCGACGAAGUCGUCAGCUUCGUCAAAUCGAUCUCAACAGCCAUGUCCGUCGACUCCCGCUCCAGCCCGGAAGAGGAAUCCAACAAACUGAACCUCUCGCCCAAAUCCCUUAUCCCAAAGACUGCCGGUUUGCAGAUCCACUCCCCUGCACAAUCCAGCGAGAAUGGCUCUGACACUAGCGUCUCGCCGAGCACCCUCGGUAGCCCGUGUACUAUGCCUAUUGCGCUUGUUCCCCGGUACCAGAUUUCCACUGCGGAUGCAUUCGCUUGUUCCAUUCCUAUUCAUGAUUCGUAUGCUCCAUUAGAUCACUGGCAGUGGAUGGCGUCGCUUUGGCGCGCGUGCGUUGGUCCGGAUAUCACCGUGUAUAUUCGGGAGUGUAGCCGCGAGGAGCUGGAGCGUGCGGGCGGAAAUGCUGUCGAGGUACGAUUGCAUGAUGCGAGGACCAUCAUACUCAGGAAGGUUGUUGGAUCAUCGCGGGAGCUGGAGGAGAAAGCAUUGAAGCGGGUUGGGUUUGAGAUUGAGGAUUUCUUGACGCAGUGA